CGUUUGAUGAAUUGAUUCGAAAGUAAAAUAAUUCAGAAGUUCUUGGUCGCCGGUUUCAGUAUCGACCGGUACGUACUGUGCAUAAGGUUAUAUUUUUGAACAAAGUAACAACAAAUAUGGUAAAAUUAGUAGCUUUCGCCCUCGUCUCUUUGGCAGCUUCGGCAUGGGGUUACUCGGCAGGUGCCCCGGAAGGAGUCUGCAACGAUAUGACCCCCAAACAUCCCGUAGACCCGCAAAAAUCAAAAUUGCCUUACAAAAUUGCCAUUAGCAAAGCUGAAGUUAAAGCCGGUGAAGAAAUUGAAAUAAGUGUUAACGGAAAAGCUUACAAAGGAUUGUUCCUUCAAGUUAGAGAUGGAGACAAGGCUGUAGGAAGCUUCCAAAUUGCAGGAAACGAUAAAUUAUUCAAGGCUGUUAACUGUCAUGGAAAUAAAGCUAGUGCCGUGACUCAUAAAAAUGCUGUCGACAAAAAAGACAAGGCCUUGGUAUGGAAAGCGCCAGCUGCCGCUGGAAAAUACACUUUAUACGCCACUGUAGCCGAAGACGGUGGUACUUUCUGGGCAGCCAAACCUAGUGGUACUAUUACUGUAGUUUAAUUAUUUUUUUGUGUGAAAAAAUCUUGUACAUAUAAAGUAUUUGUGUGACUUGUCCAAAUUUGAUUUUAGAAAUAGGUAAGACAUUUUCCGGUAGAAUCCUCUGUUGAAGAUAUUGAAGUUUUUUUAAAUUUUGCAAUAAAAAUUCCUUGGAGAACUAAACGAAAUUUUUAGUUUUUAUAUUUUCCGAAUAAAUCGGGCUCCAAGUAUGAAGUUUGGGGGUCCCCAAUUGUUAGGAGUUGAGC